UUAGUCGCUGGAUAUCGACCGGACGCUAGCUUUCACACACAUUAUUGUUAUUACAAGUUUUAUAAUUAAUUGAACUAUAAAACAAUAAAAAAUGAGUUUUAAAAUGCAUAGCGGCGAUCUUAUUCCUCUAAUAGGAUUUGGAACCUAUAUGGUUGAUGGUUUUAAACAAACAAAAGAAGUUUUAGAUAAUGCACUCUCAGUUGGCUACAGAUUAUUUGAUACCGCAAAAAUGUAUGGCAAUGAAACAGAAAUAGGAAGGGCCUUAAAAGAACUAUUACCAAAACAUAAACUAACAAGACGUGACAUUUUUAUUACCACCAAACUAUUGCCAAGCGACCAUGGUAAAAUAGCCUAUGCUGCCAUAGAAGAGUCACUAAGUAAACUGGACUGUGAAUACUUGGACCUUUAUCUGAUACACUGGCCUGGGUCAGCUGCAAAACUCAGAGCUGAAAGCUGGAGGCAGAUGGUUAAAGCUAAAAAUGAUGGACUAGUAAGAAACAUUGGAGUGUCUAACUAUACAGUUAGGCAUUUAGAGGAAAUACUUAAUAGUCCUGAGGGUGUAUUACCAGCUGUUAAUCAAAUCGAGUGGCAUCCUUAUUACCAUCCAUAUGAGGUACUAGAGUUUUGUAAAAAGCAUGGCAUUUUGGUACAAGCCUACAUGCCUCUAGGAUCUGGUAGCAAAACCUUACUGAAUGAUCCACACGUUGCAAAAAUUGCUGAGCGUAUUGGAAAGACCCGUGCACAAGUAAUACUAAAGUGGUCGGUACAGCAAGGGGUGGGUGUGAUUCCAAAGGCCGCAACUAAAUCACAUAUGGAGGACAAUAUUAAACUGGAUUUUACUCUUUCUGACGAAGAUAUGAAUACGCUUUGCAAUUUGAAGAAGAGAACGAAGUAUGACUGGGAUCCAGAAUCAUUACCUUAAUACUGCCAUUAUUGCGACGUAUGAUUAAAAAAAAGAAGCAUUUUUGUUAUAUUUUAUAUAUAUUUUCUUUACUUGUUAUCCAGUAUCAACUUUUGGGCUUAAGUGAUAAAUAAUAAACAGAUAAUAUGGG